AUGAAUGUUGGGACUGAACCCUUAUCGACAUCAUUCACUAACAAAACCUACGAUAAUGUUAUUGAUGUGUUGAAACUUAUCGAAAUUGUGCUGAAUGAUGCUGGCUACGGAGAUCUUGUGAAAGCAACCAUUCCGCCUUGCACUAAUGUUGUGAAGCACCGCUCUAUGAAACCAUCAGAGGCUUAUUUUCUUGAUGACAAAAAGGAUAAAAUGGUUUAUUAUCUAAAAUUUUUGAAAGAAAAUAAUGCUCUUGCUGCCGUAGAUAUUGACCCCAUUCGCUAUUGCAAUGAAAAUUAUUUGGACCCUAACUUCCAUUCUUUGCUCGCAAGUCCAAAUUCCAUGUGCUCGAUGACAACGGCCUAA